UUUUCCCAAUUGUGGAUUCAUUUAAAAAGAAACAUCUGGAUUUAUACAGCAGAAGGUCCAUUAUACAGUUGUUAAAAUGAAGUUGAUGAGAUAUUGAUGAGGUGAUCUGUCUCCCUGUUUUGUUCAGUGUCCAGAAGCCCAGAGCAGAGUCCCCUACAACCAGCCUGCUAUCAAUGAAGAGUGAUCAGCCACCUGCUUUCAGCCAGGAACCAUUUCCAGAUGACAAUAAGGAAGUGGAGAGUUUGGACAGUGAGGAUCCAUUAAAGAUCCCACACAACCUUCUGGACAGAAGAAGUCAAACUCUGCUGACAGUUCAACAAGACAUUAAGGCUAAACUGAAACACAAGUAUCAACACAUAUCUGAAGGAAUUGGACACUAUGGAAACCAAAGUCUGUUAAAGGACAUCUACACAGAGCUCUACAUCACAGAGGGUGGAAGUGGAGGGCUCAAUAAUAAACAUGAGGUUAGACAGAUAGAGAUGGCAUCCAAGAAACAAACCACACAAAAGACACCAAUCAAAUGCAACGACAUCUUCAAGCCUUUACCUGGACAAGACAAACCUAUCAGAACUGUGCUGACAAAAGGAAUCGCUGGCAUUGGAAAAACAGUCUCUGUGCAGAAGGUCAUCCUUGACUGGGCAGAGGGAAAAGAAAAUAAGGAUGUUCAUUUCAUGUUUCCUCUUCCUUUCCGUGAUCUGAACCUGAAAAAGGACCAAUACAGUCUGAUGCAACUUCUUUCCCACUACUUCCCAGAGCUGAAAGAGAUUGACAGCAUUGAAGAUGGUGAAACCAAAAUUGUUUUCAUUUUUGAUGGUCUGGAUGAGUGUCGACUUCCUCUAGACUUCAAAAACAAUGAGAAGUGCUGUGAUGUCACGAAGCCAACCUCAGUGGACGUGCUGCUGACAAACCUCAUCGAGGGGAAUCUGCUUCCCUCUGCUCUCCUCUGGAUAACCUCAAGGCCUGCAGCAACCAAUCAGAUCCCUCCUGAGUGUGUUGACCAGGUGACAGAGGUACGAGGGUUCAAUGAUCCACAGAAGGAGGAGUAUUUCAGGAAGAAAAUCCCAGAUCAGAAUCUGGCCAAUGAUAUCAUCAAACACAUGAAGACAUCAAGGAGCCUCCACAUCAUGUGCCACAUGCCAGUCUUCUGUUGGAUAUCAGCCACUGUCCUUGAGAUGAUACUGAAAGAGGCAGAGAAGGAUGAAGUCCCCAAAACUCUGACCCAGAUGUACUCACACUUCAUGCUCAUCCAAACUAUUGUGAAGAACAAGAAGUACAACAAAGCAACAGAGACAAACCCAAAGGACCUGUCUCAGUCAGACAAAGAGAUGAUCCUGAAACUGGCAAAGCUGGCUUUCCAACAGCUGCAGAAGGGCAACCUGAUCUUCUAUGAGGAAGACCUGAGAGAGUGUGGCCUUGAUGUCACAGAGGCAUCAGUGUACUCAGCAUUGUGUACAGAGAUCUUUAAAGAAGAAUCUGGGUUGUACCAAGAGAAGGUCUACAGCUUUGUGCAUCUGAGCAUUCAGGAGUUUCUAGCAGCAGUGCAUGCUUUAGAAUCAUGUCUGGACAAGAAGGAAAAUGUUUUCUCCCCCAAUAAUGAUGAUGGUGAUGAUUACGAUGCUGAUGAUUAUGAGUAUUACGAUGAUUUUGAGGAUUACGAUGAUGAGUCAAUCCAGUUGUCUGACUUACUCAGGAGCGCAGUGUACCAGGCCUUGAAGAGUGAGAAUGGACACCUGGACCUGUUCCUCCGCUUCCUUCUGGGUCUCUCACUGGAGUCCAAUCAGAAUCUGUUACGAUGCCUUCUGACACAGACAGGAUGUACGACAGAGACCAAUGAGAAAACAGUUAAGAGAACAGUCGGGUACCUUUCAUACAAGAUCAAAAGAGAAUCCUCACCAGAAAGGAUCAUCAACUUGUUUCACUGUCUGAAUGAACUUUGUGCCAACCCUCUAGUUGAAGACAUGCAGACCUCCCUGCGAUCAGGAACUCUUUCAGAAACAAGACUAGAACCUGACCAAUGUUCAGCCCUGGCCUACCUGUUACUGAUGUCAGAGGAGGUGCUGGAGGAGUUUGACCUGAAGACAUACAACACAUCAGAGGAAGGUUAUCAGAGGUUGCUGCCGGUAGUUAAAACCUGCAAGAGAGCACUACUGGAUCGCUGUAAACUCACAUAUGAAUCCUGUAAGACUCUGGUCUCAGCUCUGCAGACACCAAACUCCCCCCUGAGAGAACUGGACCUCAGCAACAAUGACCUGGGAGACAGAGGAGUGGAGCUGCUCUGUGUUGGACUAACCAGUCCACUCUGCAACAUAAAGACACUAGUUCUAGGUCAGUGUGGUCUGACAGAGGGUUGCUGUUCAGUUCUGGCCUCAGUCCUGAGUUCACCCAACUCACACCUGAAACAACUGGACUUGAGAGACAAUGACCUGCAGGACUCAGGAGUUACACUGCUAUCUGCUGGACUGGAGGAUCCAGACUGUAAACUACACACACUGGGUCUAGGUCAGUGUGGUCUGACAGAGGGUUGCUGUUCACAUCUGGCCUCAGUCAUGAGUUCACCCAACUCACAACUGAAACAACUGGAGCUGAGAGACAAUGACCUGCAGGACUCAGGAGUUACACUGCUGUCUGCUGGACUGGAGGAUCCAGACAGUAAACUACACACACUGGGGCUGUCUGGCUGUCUGGUCACAGAGGAGGGCUGUGCUGCUCUGUCUUCAGCUCUGAGGUCAUACCCCUCCCACCUGAAAGAGCUGGACCUGAGCUACAAUCACCCAGGAGACUCUGCAGGGGGACUGCUUUCAGCUGCUCUGGUGGAUCCCACAUAUAAACUGAUGAAGCUGAAUGUGGAUCAUGGUGGAGAGUGCAGGCUGAAAUCAGGGCUGAGGAAAUAUGCCUGUCAUCUCACCCUGGACCCAAAUACAGUAAACCCACUCCUGGUACUGUCUGAGGGGAACAGGAAGGUGACAUGUGUGGAAGAGAAGCAGCAUUAUGAAGACCAUCCAGACAGAUUUGACUGUAGUCCCCAAGUUCUCUGCAGAGAAGGCUUAACUGGAUGUCGUUAUUACUGGGAGGUGGAGAGGGAUGGUGAAUGGGCUUACAUUGGUGUGGUGUACAAAGGAAUGAACAGGAAGGGAGGGGUGCUUGACAGUGGUAUUGGAACCAAUAGGAAGUCCUGGUGUUUAAUCUGCUUUGAUGGCUUCUACUCAUUUAACCAUGCUGGAGUCAGUAGGAGAUCCAUCUCUGAUCCUCAUUCUAACAGAGUUGGAGUGUAUCUGGACUGGCCAGCUGGUACUUUGUCCUUCUAUAGUAUGUCCUCCUCUGGUACACUGACACACCUUUACACAUUCUACUCCACAUUCACUGAACCCCUCUAUCCUGGGUUUGGGGUUUGCUCCUCCUCCUCCUCAGUGACCCUGUGUCAGAUAGAUGACCAACACAUUCAGAGAGACCAUGGUGGAGAGAGUUGGAUCAAGCCUGGACCUGGGAAAUGGAUUCCUCAGAGCUGUAAGACUUGUGACCAUGUUGAGGACUCCACACACUGGCUUCAGAUUGAACCCUUGACUUCCACUGUCCAGGGAGUGACAAUGUUCAGGCACAUGACACCCAAAGGGAGUUUUGAGUGCACAGUGUCUGGGCUCCGCUGGCUGUGUGAGAGAGAUGUCAUUCUGAAGUAUCACUUCAGGAACUGGGAACCCUACAGUCACCUUCUGAAAGACAUGCAGUACACACAAGGUGGUCCAUUGCUGGACAUCACUAUGGAGUUAGGUGAACUGGAGGAAGUUCAUCUGCCACACUUUGUCUGUUUAGGGACCAACCCGUCCCUGAGGAAUGAGAUGAAGAUUCUUCAUGUAGAGGAACAUGGAGUGUCUUUAGAGGAAGUGCAUGAGGUCACCAGAUUCCAUGCUAAGAUUCUCCAUCCCAAGUUCUCAGCUAUCUCUGUUAUACUGAGCUAUAUCCUUUCUUGGAACGUAGAUGUCCACUGUGAGCUGAUGCUCUAUCUGACAGUGAUGAAGGAAACACUAAUUCCACGCCUAUACCUGUUCCCCAGUAACCCCGGACAAAUACUGGCUGUGGAACAACAGGAAUCAAAGUUUCAAGGGUCUUCAAGGAUUCUCAUCUCAAGACCAGAGCAGUCCUUCAAACUGAAUAGUUCCUUCAGACUGAACAUUCCCUGUUCUACCGCCAUCAAUCCACAGAGGAUUCAUCUCAUACAUAGAGACACCACACCAAGCUUUUUCAGGGCAGUUGUGAAAAUGACAGGGAUUGACAUUGAGAUGCAGUUAUUCAGUGAUGAUGAGAGGAUAGCAUGGAAAGAAAUUGUGCCAAUAGAUGAAUACAUCUCUGACACCCGUUCAACAAGUGCUGUGUUGGGGGCAGGGCAUCCGGCUGAGAGCAGUCGGACUGCUUCUACAAAACUGCAGCUGCGUUCUGUACGGACAGAGUUUGUGAAACGAGUGUCAAGACCUGUCCUGAAUGAACUGCUGGACGGACUCCUGCAACACACAGUCAUCAACCAGGAGGAAAUGGAGUCAGUGAAGGUGAUAGCUGAAAGGGCAGAGAAAGCACGUGACAUCAUCGACAUGGUGUUGAGAAAAGGAACUGAGUCAAGUUCCAGGAUGAUCAACCUUCUUGUGGAGCUGGACCCCUGUCUUUGUUCACUGCUUCAGAUCAACAGUGUUGGGGUACCAACCUAAUGGUAGAAUGGAUAGUAACAGUGUUGGGGUACCAACUAGUGAUGUGUGGGUCUCAUCUGCAGUCCCCAUGGUUAAAUACGUGGGUUUAGGGUCAUGAAAUACUGUGUGGAUGAAGGGCGGGUGUCUGGCAGUCGGGUUGAAUAAAGUGAAAACAAUACCUUAAAAAAUCUAUAAAUGUAUCAUUCUAGUGCAAUUUACAUUGAUGUUUUUCUUUCAUUAUUUUAAGCUAUCUGGCAUUAGUAAGUAAGUCUGAGCUAUAGUACCUAACUGUUAGGUGCGCCAAAUGCUUUUGGGAAUGGUAAAAAAUAUAUAUAUGUUGAGAUGGGGUUAAAUAAAUAAAACAAUCCUGCA